CUCAGGCUCAGUGAGCUUGUGGGCUUAGUGGGGUUUGUUCUCCACGUCAGUAUAGAAAAUACAUGCCGUAUCAGUUCCAAGUCAUCUACCGACGACCACCAACACAUCCUCCUCCCUCCGCCACCGUCAACUUCUCCAUAAUCGGGUCUAUUUCUCUGUCGAAUAUGUUGUUGAAAUUGAAAUAAUCUUUAUAUCCCUCUCUCUCGAUCUCACACACACACAGAAAGGUAUGGCUUUGGAAUCUUCGGGGUCUGCUCGUAAAGUUGUUGUACAUCUGAGAGCAACUGGUGAUGCACCAAUUCUCAAGCAAGCAAAGUUCAAGAUUGCAGGAAAUGAUAAAUUUGCUAAAGUGAUUGACUUUCUCCGUCGCCAACUUCACAGGGAGACAUUGUUUGUUUAUGUCAACAGUGCCUUCUCACCAAACCCAGAUGAAUUGGUGAUUGAUCUGUAUAAUAAUUUUGGUUUUGAUGGUAAACUGGUGGUUAACUAUGCUUGUUCCAUGGCAUGGGGAUGACUGUAGAUGAUGGAUCUGAGGUAUAUAUACUGUGAUACUGUUCAUAUGAUUCGUUUUACUCCUGCAACUAUAAGUAGCUUUAACCGAACAAGCUCUGACCUAUUCUGCAUUCCUACUACUGCUUGGCAAAUAUACUCAUCAUCCUAGAAGACCUCAAAUUGAAUGGAUGGAAAUGUUGACGACUGUUAUUCAAGUAUCCCUUGUAUUGAAUGGUUUGGAAUAUUAUUUGUUACUAAUCCAAGAAGUAUAUACUUAAAAUGAUUGGGUUUUCUUAUCGGAUUUGAUAGAGCAACGGAGUUUAGCUGUGUGUGUGAAGUCAUGGAGCCACACUGAACUUUGAAUAUCAAUUGGUUCAAAAUUUGCGGUAUCAGGUUUUGGUUU